AUGGGUGGAACACAGUAUGGAAAAUUCCAAGACUUCUGUCGCGAUGCGACACUCCCUAUAUGCAAUAUCCUUGUCACGAACAAUCAACCACCGGGCCUUGCUUAUGGCGGCUGUGUCCUGCGUGGAAUAACACUGAGCAACAACCGCAACCUUGCCAAUCUGGGGUCGAUACUACUCUGCGGUAUUGCCAUCGUCGUCACUCUGUUUCUGCUAUGGCGCGCAGAGAGGAAGGCUGCUGCCGUCGGCCGCAGGGAAAUGCAGAUGUUUCUGGUCGGAUACCUGAUCAUUGAAAUCUGCGAAAUAUUCACAGUCGGCGGAUUUCCAUUGAACAACGAUGUGCGCAAAGGUUUCACGGCCGUCCAUCUGGCCGCCAUCGUGGCUACCAUGUGGAUCUUGCUCAUGAACGCCGUAGUCGGCUACCAAUUAGUAGACGACGGCACGCCCUUGUCAAUGGGACUCAUCGGCUUCAGCUCCCUGGCAUUGUUCAUUGGGACCGGCUACAUUGCACUGGACACGGCCUUUUCUUGGACCGGCUUUUGGGAUGACUCGUUACACCCACCACAUCUGAACUACGCCCUCUACACGCUGUAUCAGCUGGCGCCCCUGGUCUUCAUGUUCUUGUUCUUUGUGCUCGAGUCAAUUCUGGUUCUUAAGAUUCUCGGCGAAACGAAACCAAUGCUUUAUUUGGUCGCCGCUGCUCUGCUCUUCGCCAUUGGCCAGGUCUUCAUGUAUGUGAUAUCAAAGCACAUAUGUGAAGGUACGGAUGGCGACAUCAAUGGCACCCUCUUCGAGACCCUCUUCACUCUCCUCAGUGUCGUGGCGGUCUUUGUCUUCUGGUCAUCAAUCACUGAGGACGACUGGCCGAUUCAGUGA